GGCUGAAAUGAGCCUAACAUUUACGUGUCGACAGUCGAUAUUUUUUGAGAAAAUUUCCGAGGUUAUUUCUUAUUUCAAGUACCGGUAUUGAACGUUAUUCUAACUUUUCUCAAGCACAAAUAGGAGUGGAAACUACAAUGAAGUGGUUUGAAGGACAGAUUUCUAGUGCUAUUGCCCAGGCCAGGCAGCAGAAAAGUGUAUUUAUGGUAUACAUUCGAGGGUCAAAUGAGGAUUCCCAGAAGAUGGAUGCUACAUGGGAGGAGGAUGCAGUCAACAAAACUUGCCAAGAAUCAGGGAUCGUUGUCAUGCGAUUCCAAGCAGAUAGUGAAGAGUGCAAGCAGUUUUCUGUAUAUUACCCUGUUAUUUGCGUUCCUUGCGUGUAUCUUAUUUCCGGUGAGACUGGAGUCUUGAUUGAGAGUAUUGCAGGAUUUGCUUCAGCUCCAGACUUGGUGCAGAAAAUGAAGAAAGUCUACGAGACAGUCAAACAGAAUCAGUCUGCAUCGACACCCCCUGAGCAACCUGCAGCUGCUCCACAAGUUGCUGCGGCCACUCCACCACCGCUACCACAACCAUCAGCAACUCCUGUGCAACAGAGUAGCCAACCAGAGGUGCCAUCUACAUCCUCCUCAUCAGGAGCUCAGAAAGAGAGUGCUCAAGAGAGAGCAGCCAGGAUGAGACAGAAGAUGGAGGAGGUCCAUCGGAAGAAGGAACAGCAGAGAAAAGAGGCAGAGAGGCAAAAGGAGCUUGAGCGACGCAAAGUAGGACAAGACAUUCAAAAAGCUGAUCAUCAUCGAUCCGAGAUACAGGCCAAGCAAGUAGCCGACGAUCUCCGCAAACAACGUCUUGAUGACAAAUUAGCAAGAGAGAAGGUUCUCCAGCAGCUAGCCAGAGAUAAAGCAGAAAAGGAGGCUCGAUUCAGAUCAGAGAAAGAGCAGAGGGAACAGAAGAAGAUGCAAGCUCAGAAGGAAAAAGAAGAAACAUUGAAAGCAACACAGGCCAGGCAGGAAUCUGCCAAGCUUGAUACAGCCAGGAUACAGUUCCGGCUCCCAGAUGGUUCCACUAUGACCAAUCAGUUUGAUUCCAAGGCACCCCUUCAAGAAGCACAAGAUUAUGUAAAAGAGAAUGUUGGGACAACCCUGCCUGAAUUCACACUAUCUGUCACAUAUCCGAGAAGGAAUUUUGGACCUGAUGACAUGCAGACAUCUUUCCUUGACCUAGGCUUAGCUCCAAGAGCAGCAAUAGUUGUAUUACCCGGAAAGCUAAUUCCUACAUCAUCCAAGUCCCAGGUAUCCGCAUCCAACGCUGGAGGCAUCAUCUCCUGGCUCCUAGCUCCAUUCCUCUUCAUCUACAACAUCAUCUACAAUGUCCUCUUUGGUUCCUCGGAGUCGCCCGCCGGCCCCCAGCCUACCCCACCCUCACCAUCACAGACCCAUUCAGGCAUGGAGUCGCCCGCUGGAGACAGGAGUAGCAGGGGUGCUGGUGCCAGACCAAAAAGUUCAUACGCGAGGAGAAGAACGCCUGCUUCUGGAAGCAACAGCGCUGAUUUUUCUCGACGGGAGGGCAACGUCCAUCGGUUAAACACCCAGCAAGAUGAUGAUGAUGAAAAUAAUACAUGGAAUGGAAACUCUACUCAACAAAUGUAACCAGACAGAAGAAAUAUAUUAAAUGAUAUUAGGACUACACGAUAUGAUAAUGAUAUCGAAGUGUCCUGUCCUUGGACAUCAAUUAAUAGAUGAUAUGGGGUAGGCUACAUAUUAACUCUCACAAUAUGAUAUAAAAUGAUAGUUUCUCUGUAUGACACAUCUCAAAAUAAGCUUAAAUAAUAAUAAUAACGGCAUAUUUACCCAGGGUAGCCACUUCAGUUCCGAAAACUGUUCUGCCAGCGGGCCCUGCUAUUGAAUUGCAGUUCAGCUGGCCAUGCAUCCAUUAAAUGUCUCCCUAAUCAAAUGCACCAGAGUCCAAGUGAAAGGGCCAUGAAAAUGUUGUCUCUUUACCGACAGUUUCUCUCUUUCCAAUUAUUUAUUUUUUGAAUAACAAGCUCAUGGGCCAAAAAACAUUGUCAGUGAACAUUGAUCGUUCAUUAUGACGAAUGUAAUCAAGAGUAAAUAUCAGCCCUAUGACUAUAUAAGCAUGACGCUCUGUGUUACAGGAUGCAUACAGAUGAGGCUAGGAGAAGAAUAUAUAAAACAGUUACAAGGUGUCUGCUCAUAAAACUAAGUUCCACCCCAUUCCACUCUAUUUAAUUGAGAAAAAUUGUUGAUCGAUAUACACGCUUAAGAAAACAAAUUUCCCAUGAAAUUGGUACUGAUAAUUCUAAUAAAUCUAUGAAUUCUGUCAGCACCAGAAUCAGUGGCCAAGCUGAGGCGGGGUCUUAUUAGGGUUCCUUGAGCAUUUACUGUGGUGGAUAUGUGUACAAUGAUAUAGACACAAUUUGUAACCAAUAUGGUUAUAAUUCAUUGAAUAUGCUUGGAAGGGGAAUGAAAUAAACAACACAUUUUAUAUGAAGUUGAAACUUUAUUACAAGAAAUAUAUAUAAAGACAAUGUUAUUAAAGGCAUACUAGUUAACGUUAUAGACAUGUAAUUUAUGAAAACAAAAACAAAGGAGAGAUGAAAUAUGUACAUGGAUGCCUUUCUAUCAACCUAAAAACUCUGCAACCAAAAAAAAAAAAAUGCUUUUGAUACCUUGUAAUAGAAGAUUUUGUGUAAUUUCUAUCGUGCUGAUAAUAAUAGAACACGUAAGUGUAUGUGAUGAAAGUAAGAUGGUAUUUCCGGUCACUUUAUAUUUCACUUUUUUGAAGCACUAAAUAUUGAUUUUCGGACGCGAUUUUUUUCUGGGCUUCAUUUUUGUAAUAUAACACAGACACAGGUGACAAUUGGACCGUGCAGCUCAGAUUUUUAAAAAGUCAGAUCAAUGUUAGCCAGUGCAUUCAAUGUGCAAACAAGAAAAUGAUAUCUUUGGUAAAAGGGGACCACAAAAGAGCAAUAGCUGCUAACUGUGCGGCACCCUUUACAUGUUACUGUAUAACUCUUCAAAAUAAAUGGAUACAUGCUAACAUGUAUCAUCUAAUGACUACAUUCAAUAUACUGACAGCUUAUUCAAUUAGGGCGCGAUAGGCACAAAAAUUUAAAUUAAAUAACAAAAACAAAAACUUAUUGACAUAUUUACAUGUAAAUAUACACUAUAGAAACAUGUUAUUCAUUUUCAUUAAAGUUUUGCAUGAUUUUCCUCUUCAAUGAUUUUUUAAAGGAAUUAACUGAUGUUUUACAUUUGAUGUUUUCUUGAAAAGCAUUCCACCAGUAAACAUCAAAUGUAAAACAUCAGCUACGUCACAUCAUCACAUCACUUCAUCAUAUGUUUCAAUAAUCCAGGAAGAGGGGGGGUGUCACAAAAUUAUUCACUGACACUAAUGGGGUGUUGCAAGAAACUUGCGACCAAUUACAAGUCUAUUUUCGUUCCCGAAAUCACGCAUAUGCUGUGCAAUUAAUUGUAAAUUUGCGAUUGAUUGCUAAUCUGCUCCAUGAAACGAGGAGUGCUAUAGUUAAAAGUGAUUAAUCAAUUGUAAAAUUGCAACAGAAUAUUUGCGAUUGAUUGCAAAUAUUUUCUUGCAACACCCCCUAAGUAUCACACUUGAAUUCCCAGUUGCAUGUUGUAUAUAAUGCACUAGCGCAUUGGUCAGAUCCAGCACAGGAGACGCGCACUACCGCAUAUCCAUCAAUGAGAUUGCGUUAAACUACAAUUGUGCAUUGGCGUUUAAGCAUGACUUUAAGUCAUACUUCACUCUUAGUGAAACACCACACAAACAAGUUUUUAUAAGUAAAACCAAACAAAAACAUCAGUUUUAUGUGACAAUUUUACAUAAACUUAGACAAAUUUCUUAUUUUCAAAUUUGUUGGAAUUUUCUGCUCUUUUCCUAUUUCAAUGUGCAUCUAGAAACAUGAAUAUGAAGCAAUUUUAAAGCCAUGUAUAUGACAGCCAAUACAGGCUUUCAAAUAAAAUUAUUUAGAGAAUGUGUUAACUUGAUAUUCUGAACUCUGUUAAAUACAAAAGUUAGGCUUCUAUGUGGUUCAGUAUAUACAUGUAUCACAGAUACUUUUGUUUGUGGACAUCAGUGCGUAUUUUUCUUUUAUCACUUUCUCUUUGUUUUGAGCUUUCAUAAUUGAAUGUCAAAACCGCAUUUCACAUUGUUAUUAGAUGCCAUAGACAAAUCUUAAAUAUGAUUAGGAAAAUUACAUGGUCUGAAAUUUUAACAUAAAAGUUUUGACAAUUAACUCAGUCGUAAUUGUUGUACUCAUGAACUAUGCCAUCUGAUUUGACUUUACUCUGGUAAUUACAGAAGUAUGCAGCCCCAUUUUAAAUUUUCUAUGGGGGUCACAGAUUUUACCAUUAAGAAUUUGUGAACAUGAAAUGAUUUUCAUUAAAAAUAACAUAUUUUUCAUGUUUAAUUCUUGAAUAACUGUCUCCAAUGUGAUACUUUAAAAGUUGCUUUAAACUAAUAAGUUGGCCCUCGGUCAAUGAAAAAUAGACAAUAUCCCAUUUACUACACGAUACCCAUAUCGGGCCCAUGUAUACAUGAUGUCAUAUUCCGGUAUCGCGAUAGCUAACAUUAUUUUCCAAAGUCAUUUUCACACAGCUCCCUACAGAGCCAAGCUAGGUUUUGCGUACGCUUAUAAAAUACUAGUAAUCUGUGACCGUGCAAUGAAUCUGGCAUGGAUUUAGCGCUGAUAUCUUUGAGCGGUUCUGUGGCAAACGACUGGUCCAUACUUGGCCCGCAACUGGUGCUUCUCAUAGCCACGCUAAAUUAGGAAAUCGUCCGUGAUUUACUGAUGGGGGGUGACUGUUACCAUGGUACUUUGAUAAUAACAACUUGUCAAUUGCUGACAAUUGUCAUGAAAUGAUUCCCUGAUGGUUUCAGUUCAUUUUGAAUAUAACAAGUUCAUGAUCAUUAUUUGUGUUAACGGAAUUAAAUGUUUAUUCUAUAAAAAGGGGUAUGGUUUAUCAUAUGUAUAUAUAUGUCUUGCAAAUAAAUAUAAAAGUGAAAUUUGAAAA